CCUAAGCAUUGCAAAUAUCCGCUUAAUCAUACGUCAUUUAUUCUUGGUCGUUGGGUUUGGAUCAUCAAUGCCCAGGGGCUAGUCGGGACGCUUUCGUGAUCGCGGGGUAUAUAUAUAUCCGUUUCUUUGUUGGACUUGCAGUCUGUCUUGGAACUGUCGGCUUUACUAUAUAGUGCAUCUCCUUCUGCAUAAACCGUUGUACAUUGACAAUUCAAACCAGCGCAGACUGAAUCAUGACAGACCAGUUCGCAUACUCAUUCCCCUGGCCUCUAGAAGGCUACGAGGACCAGGAGCCUCUAUCCGAAGAAAAGAAUGAAGACGGAAAAUCCCUCAAAAACCCCCAACAUGGCAUCGUCAGCAAAGCAUACGAGGAAUUCCCCGAUCCGUUGACGAAAGGCCGGCGCGGGGGGUUCGAUAUCCACAUCUAUCAUUUUCAGAAUAAUCCAGACCAGGCAGCUUACGCCCGGGCUCUCUGGGAGAGAAUCAGACGGGAGUUCCCCGAACUCCGCAUCUACCGCUUCUUCGACCAACCCGUUGGACCGCACCCAGUCGCUAUGUUCGAGGUCAAUAUCUUCACGCCGGCGCAGUUCGGCGCCUUCAUCCCGUGGCUGAUUAUCAAUCGGGGCCCGCUGAGCGCGCUAAUUCAUCCCAAUACCGUGGAGCUAGAGGAAGAGCGCAAUCACACGCAGCGGGCGACGUGGUUGGGAGAGAGAAUCCCGCUGGAUCUAAGGCUUUUUAAGCUGAUGAAGGAGGCGCACACAAAGCAGGAGUUGAAGGCGGAGCAGAAGGGGAAGCAGAGUCUAUAGCUUUCUCUUGUUUAGUUUUGGAUGCGAAAGUUUAUUGGUAAAUGAAUCCAGAUGUUACUCAUCCAUCGUGAUGGCGUCGCUAGUGCUGGAUAUAUAGUUCACCUGAGUCGUCAUCCGGAUUCAUCUGUCAGACCUCUGCUGCAGUAGAACAGCCUCUCCAAACGUAAUGCAAUCAAGUCGCUAGCAUAUACUCGGUAUAUAUGACCAGUCAAUUCGACGCCUAAUCAAGAGGUUGGAAGGUUGAAAAUGGAAACGACAAACGCAAUGUCAGGUUUCUG